AUGCUCUCCUCUGACAUUGAUAUCUCCAAGUCUGAAUUUGAAUCGAAGACUUUCAAGUACGAACCCGAAAAUUCGAUGCCUGCUGUCAGUGUCACUGGUAUCCGCACGAGUAAACCUACCACCACCAGCCGUAGCCGGGGCGCGUUGUCAAUGCUUUCGAGGAUACGAAACGCACUCCGUGAGCCGAUGGCAGAGUUCCUUGCAGUCGCCAUAUUCGUAAUUUUCGGAGCGGGCGCGGACGCGCAGGUCGGGGUGUCGGCUGAUACCAGGGUCGUAGCUUCUAGGAAAGGGGAAUAUAUAUCGACGAAUUUUGGAUGGGGGAUCGGGCUGGCGAUGGCUGUUUGGAUCAGCGGCGGGAUCUCAGGCGGGCAUGUUAACCCAUCGAUUACUCUAGCUCUAGCAGCCAGACGCAGAUUCCCAUGGCGUAAAGUUCCAAUGUACAUCCUCGCGCAGACUAUGGGCGCGCUCGUGGGCGCAGCACUGGUGUACGCGCAGUACGCGCGCGCGAUUGAUAUUGUUGAGGGCGGGCGCGGUGUGAGAACGUUAGCGACCGCUGGAUUUUUCUCGAGUUUCGCGCUAGACUACAUGUCAUCCGCAUCAUGCUUCUUCUCCGAGUUUCUCGGUACAGCCGUGUUAGCGUUCACAAUCAUAGCUACGACAGACAAAAAGAACAGCGCCGCGCCCCCGCGCGGUCUUCUCCCCCUCGUGCUCUUUCUCACGCUACUUGGGCUUGGGGCGGCGUUGGGUAUGCAGACAGGGUCCAUCCUUGGCGCACAGGCCGCAGCCGCUUUGUACGACAUCACUUUGCAGGAGUGGGAGUACGACUUGAGCGGCGGAGAUGGGGUAGGGAGGUAUGCAUCUGGACCGGGGGCGUCGUUGCCAGCGCCAGUGUCAGCUGCUGUGAUAGUAGCAAGAGGAUUGCGACGGACUGUCACCAAUAAGAGUCAUCCGGCGACCAAGUUCAUUUCUGUCGUUCGCGGGACAGCAGAUUCGAUUCGAGGUGGACUGGAAGUUAUGACACUGGAAGCGGUGGUGGAGCAAUUGAAGAGGAGGACAUAG